AUGGAUUUGCAAUCUCUUGGGGUCAAGCACGAACAAGAUCGUCUCGCGUCGCUCGUGCGCUCCACGAAAGAUUUGGAGCAAGCGAGGCAGCUCCACAGGGAGAUCUCGCACGGCGCCCACACCCGCGGCAACACAUACCUGGCCAACCUGGUCGUGCAGAUGUACGGAGCUUGCGGCGGCCUUUGCGACGCGCGCCUGGCCUUCGAGUCCAUCGCCCGUCCGAACAUCUUCUCGUGGAGCGCGCUCUUCCAGUGCUACGCGCGCCACGGCCUCCUCCACGAGGCCAAGCGGGUCUUCGACCGGAUGCCCGCGUGGGACUCGGUGGUGUGGACGGCGAUGAUGGGGCUUUAUGCGGAGAUGGGCUUCUUGCGCGAGGCCGAGGCGAUGUUUUCGGAUAUCCAAGAUGCAGAUGUUGUAGCGUGGAGUGCGAUGAUCCAGGCCUACGCUCGGAACGGGCAGCUGGAGUGCGCCGAGGUGCUGUUUGAUCGAAUGCCGGAGAGGAAUCUUGUUGCCUGGAACACCAUGCUUGCAGGAAAUGCUGCUUCUAGGAAUCAGGAGAGAGCGAAAGAACUCUUCGAUGCAAUGCCGGUCAGGGACGUAAUUUCUUGGACGACAAUGUUGCAAGCGUUUUCAGUAGGUUUUAAUAUAUCUAAAGUAAAGAAUGUGUUUGAUUCCAUGCCGGAGCUAAGCCUUGUAACCUGGACAGCUCUAGUUGCAGCAAAUGCCAAAGUUGGGGAUCUUGGUCAGGCACUGCUUUUGCUGGACCUGAUGCCUCAGCGAAGCAUCGUGCCCUUUAACUGCGUUGUUGCUGGCCUGUGCCAGCACGGAUAUCUCGAUCUCGCGCUGAGCGUCUUUCAUUCCAUGCCCGAAUGGAAUCUGGCGUCAUGGAACGCGAUGAUUGGAGCCCGGCUGCUGGAUAUCUCCGAGAUUCCAGAGCUCAACGCAUCCUCGUACGCGAAUUUGAUGGCUUCACAUAUAAAAACUAACGAAUUUUCCAGAGCAGUAGAAGUCUUCGAUGCUGCUCCAUUUCACAACCUCGUAAUGUGGAAUCUCACCGUGGCAGCAAAUGCCCAAAGUGGUGAUUUGUCUCGUGCACUGGAGCUGCUUACCAUGAUUCCGGAAAAAUCCAUUGUAACUCACAACGUUGUCCUUGAAAGCCUUGGAAAGAUCGGCCAUUACGAUGGAGCUCUAAAAUGUUUCGAAAAAAUGCCUGCUAGAGACAGAACAUCGUGGAACUCUACACUAGCAGCAGUUACCAAGAGGGGGCAUUUUGGCACCGCGAUCGAUCUCUUCACGCGGAUGAGCGUCGAGGGAUCCAACCCCGACCCCAUGACCAUGGCGAGCAUUCUGGCAGCGUUUAGCCACCUUGGAGGAGUUUUCCACGCCAGGAGCUGCUUCCAUUCGAUGGUGGCGGACUUCGGCCUUGGAAGGCCGUCGCUGGAGCACUACUGCUGCAUGGUCGACGCUCUCGGACGUGCCGGACGUGUGCACGACGCCAAAGAGCUCCUGGACGUGAUGCCGUUCUUCCCGGACGAAUUGGCGGCGGGAUCACUGGCAGCGGCGGCCAAAGAGCGAGGAAGCGCUUGGAACGUCCACCGACGAGUAGAGCUUCCCACCGAAGAGAGGAGGUGCAUUGGCUCUCUGCUGCUUGCUCUUCCCGAUAUCGGCAUCGUCGAGAGAGUUCCUCCUGGGACGAGCAGCCUGCGCGGUUUUCUUCUGGAGCAGCUUCCUCUUGCCGUUGCUGCUACUGCUGCCGAGGGGCAAUCCCAGAAACGUUUGCUCGGUCUUGAUCCGGCGGUGGCGAUCCUGGGCCAGGACGUCGGAGCUCACGACCUCGAUGUCGUGGACUUUGAUCUUGAGUUCCUGGACUCUGGCUUGGAGGCUCUCGAGGGACGUUUCGCCGGAGUCGACAAUGAUCCUUGUCCGGUCAGCUCGAGCGCUUCCAAUCUCGUGCCGGAGAAGCACCACCUUGUCUUCCAGAUUGGAGACGACAGAUUCCACCGAUGA